AUGAGUGGAUUUUCAACAUCAACUGAAGAUAUUCUGUUUGAAAUGGAUAGACAGAACAAAAAGAUCAGUGAAACAAGAGGUAGACCACUAAGUCUUAGAGAUAUAAAGCGUUUGCCAAUCGAUAUAAGUGGUAAUACCCUGAUGGAUCCAGUCAAUAUUCCCUCGAAAUUCAAGCUGUUCCAAGCCACUACCGAUGCCGGUAAUCUCUUUGCUUUUGUACAGUAUAAUCUUGCCGAUGGUGUUCGUAUCUCUGGUCGUUCCAUUGAUUCGCGUGUCAAGCUCAGCUACGACCUGCCCAACCACUCGACCCACAUCAAGUCGUUCAUAAGCAGCGGUGAGAAUGCACGUGGCGUUCGUGAGCACCAAAUCGGAGUGAUGGUUCCAAAUCUCUAUUCCAGCUACAAAACACGUAUGGGAUCGGUGGUUCAAUUUGGUGUAGGAACGGGACUCCGCAUGCGGGGAAUCUCUUCCCAACAACUGCGAGUAUCGCCAUUCCUCCACCCGAAGCUGACAGUGUUUGGUCCGUUUGGUUGGUGGCAGAUCAGUGCACCACUCAACAGAAAUGCAGGUAUUCUCCAAAUGAAACAUCAUAUAUUCUUUUCGAUUCGCGGAACCACCAUGUUGUCGAGUCUCGAGUUGUCAAGCAGCCGUCUCGCUCAAAGCAUCAACAGUUACACACAAUCGAUUUUCAAUAACAACAGCAGCAGCAGUAGUAGUAGCAAUAGCAUUAAAGAAGAUAGUAACUCCAAGUUAUUAUCAACAUCACCGAAAUCAACCAAUUCACAAAUUCAAAGUCACGAUACUGUAGAAUACAAGAUCGUUCAUGUCGCCUCUGCAACCGAGCUAGGUGUACGUAGAACUAGUAACAAAUAUGCUUCCAAGUGGGAGUUACUCCUUGGUUUGAAGCACAACGUCGCUCACUCUGUUUUCAUUCAAUGUCUAUUCACCCAUACCAUCGGUGAAAGAACCGACUUUGCACUUAGUUUAGGAUUAGAUUUAUAA